AUGAAUGCCGGCAGCAGGCUAAUUUUCGUGAUUGUCGCACUCACAGCUGGCUUAGCAGCAGCUGCUGGGGUGAAUGGUAUGAAAACGAAAAAUGGCGAUGUUGCCACUCAGUUGAUAAAAAAACCCUUCCCUGGCUUGACUCUCGAAGUUCAGCCCGAGGAUGACGACGAUGACGAUGCCCUCUUUCCGGAUGAGCUUGGCACGUCGUACGAGGGCGCUCUCAGGUCCAUGACAAGCCUGUCUCCGGAGGAGAUGACAGCGGCUGAAGUGAGCAGCCUCCAUUUCUAUGCCUCGUUCGCGGUUCAAACGCACUCCUGA